AUUUUUAUUCUAAUCAAUAUCAAUUCCAUCUCAUUUUACACUGUACAUUUUUGACGUUCCGCUCCUUGUUUUUUUUUACGCUCUUUCUACCUCGCUUCUUGUCAGAUCUGUCAAUAUGCACGCCAAAUACUUUACCUUCCUUGCCCUUUCUUCGAUGGCCCUGGGCCAGGACUGGCUUGAAGACGCCAUGGAUGCACUGGAGUCGACUACUGACCUCCCAGUACCUACUGGUGUCUCAGGCGAUGUCCCCACGCUCGACGAAUGGAUUGAAUCGCAAGACUCAAGCGACAUCCCCGUAGCGACUGGCAUCAGCGGCUCCAGCUCUUCCUCGGACUCCGACUCCGACUCCGACUCUGCCAGCACAAAGGACAUCCCGGACAUCCCCGAAAUGCCCAGCUCGAUCAUUUCCGAGAUCAUCAGCGCUGUGCCUAGCACUGCUUAUUCCGACCUUACGAACCCGACUUCGCUGUCCAGCAUAUACAGCGAGAUCCAGGAUGGUAACUACCCGGCCUGGGCUACGGAUCUCCCGGAUGAUGUCUGGGAUUAUUUCGAGUCAGCGUACGGUGUUGACGCCAGGCCGACGGGAGGCUCAGGCUCUUCGAGUGGUGAUGAUGAGGAAAGCCAGAGCAGUGGUGGCGGCGACAGCGGUAGCGGCGGAGAUGAUGAUGGUGCCGGCAUGCUCAGUCCUUCUGUCUUCACGAGCGUAGUUGGUGCUGUUAGUGUGCUGGGUCUUGCGCUUGCUCUGUGAACGGUCUGCUCGCACAUGCGAAUUAAUGGCAUGAAGACACAGCGGGGGCCUCAUCGCUUUAUCCUUGACGGUCUCCUGCAGUCCAUGUGUUCAUUCAGCAUAUUGGUACUAUUCUGCCUACGCCUGCUCUAGUCUAUUUAUUGUUUAAUCACCCUUCAGCUAAGAUAACCCAUCACGGACAAUUAUUUUUCUAGGAUUUAAUCCAAUAACAAUUAUC